AUGGGCUACGCCGACAUGUCCCAGUCGGGACAGCGUUAUUCUCAGACUAUGCAGUAUCCUCAGGACUCGGUUGAUGGUGGACAGUAUAUAAACCAGGAUGUCUCACUCCUAUGGCCCCCGGCUAGCGCCGAUGCAAUGACCUAUCGUCGUCGAUACGAACCAACCAGUGCUUUACCCUCAGAACCCAGAAAUCCUAUGCCUCGCCAUCCGAGUGGCGAGGUACCUAUGGCGUCUGUUCAUGAAGCACGGGAGUUUGUACCAGUCCCCUCACAGCCCUUUUACGAAUCCAAUGCUCCCGUUUCCCGACCUACUUCUGGUCGAAGCCCUAAUAUUGGACAGUCUACUUCGGCUCUUGCUCUGGAAAGGCCAUACGUCUGCGACAUUUGCCAAACUCGAUUUGCAAGGCACCAUGACUGCCGGCGUCACCGAGAAACCCACGUGGUGAAUGCCUCUGGGGAGAAACCCCACCAUUGCGUUGUGUGCGGAAAGUCUUUCACACGAAAGGAUGCGCUGAAACGGCACACAAAUCAAAAGGCUGUGAUAUCAAUGCGGCUUCUGCUAGUACACCUGCGCGAUCUUCCCGCUCGUCAUCUUCAUCAUCUCCACAACAAGUACCCGCGACAUUCUAUCCCGUCAGUAACCUUCCUCAGAUGUCCGGCUCCGGCCAUCGCUAUUGAUCGGCGGUGCGACGGUGCCUGGCUAUAA